AUGCUCGAAAAUCUUGUAUCCAGACACAAGGAGUACACAUUAAAAGCUGAUUAUCCUACCGUAGACGAAGACAGGACGGCAGGUGUAUGCCCGCAGGCAAAGGUCUUGCCUGAUGACGACGUAGACGACUCGUGGCGUUGUACUGAUUCGCUCGACAAGUGGUUGACCAUGAAGACGACGUUGAAUAGGAGGAGACGGCGAUGUGCAGCGGCUCGACAUAUACAACAACGACUUGACAUGGGUUCAGCGGCUCGACAUGGGUUAAGUGGUGAGGCAUGA